AUGGAGAGUUACUUCAAGCUACUCAUCAACAGCGCCAACUUCGCCGUUGCGCCUCCUUAUUUUGUCGACAACCCGACAAUUGCAGCGCAGGUCGCCCGUGUCUUUCCCGGCCUCGCCAACUCCUCGACCAUGGUUGGUAUUACUCAUCUACUGCUCGCGAGCCUUGUGUACCACUACGAUUACCUCGUCUCGACCUUGCCUCCGACGCACGCGCCUCUCUCGUCGAUUCUAUUCACGGGCCCCACGAUCCGCGCGUCGCUCGCGCCGCUAUUGACCCCGCGCAACGACGCGACGAUGCUUGUGACGGGUGUGCUGCCAUACGUCGAGAUCUACCGCAACCUCAAGAAGGCGCCUGUGCAGCGCAAGGUGACCAAGAAGGCUACCACCAAGAAGGCUGUCACCAAGAAGGCUGCCUCCGCGAUGCCGCCCACGCCGCAGGCAACGCCGCAGGCCACGCCGUCUCCAGCGGUGCCGCCUCCAGCGCCUACGAGCCGCAUGAGUCUCCCGAAGCACUUUGACACCAUGAUGGAGUACUGGUCGGACAAGCCUGGCUUGCAACGCGAGUCCUUGGCUUCGACAGACGACGUUGCUAAGUCAGACAGCAGCGACACCUAG